AUGUCUUUUGUACCUGUUCUCCGCCAGUGCGCGCGCCGUGCCGCUCCCUCCGUCCUGCGCCCUUCUUUCACAGUCGCUGCCGCGCGCAAGAUUCACAAUGUCCCUCCUCGCCAGGACAAGCCUGGAAAGUAUGCCCAGACAGAUCCUGGUAUCGAGGUUGAGUACCCCGAGGACCACGAGCUUCCUAGCAGUGAGCCCGUCCUCGGUACUGGUGGACAGUAUGUGAAGCCCACUCUGCCCACCUUUUCGCUUGACGGCCAUGUCGGUAUCGUCACUGGUGGUGCUCGUGGUUUGGGUCUCGUUAUGGGCCAGGGAAUGGUCUUUUCUGGCUCCAACCUUGCUCUUGUUGAUAUGAACAAGGAGGAGGCCGAGAAGCAGACAACUCUGCUCAUUGAGGCCUUCAAGAAGGAAAACCCUCGUGCUCGACGCAUCCCCAAGGUUACUGCUCACUACGCCGACGUCUCCGACCCCGAGUCAGUUGAGGCUUGUAUCGCCGAGGUCGUCAAGGAGCACGGCAAGAUCGACAACCUCGUCACAUCGGCCGGCUUCACCGAAAACUUCGAGGCUGUCAACUAUCCCAUCGAUCGUCUGCGCAAGCUCUGGGCCGUCAAUGUUGACGGAACCUAUCUUUUCGCAACCUCAGUCGCUAGGCACUUGAUGGAGCGCAAGUCUCCUGGAAGCAUGGUCAUGAUUGGUAGCAUGUCUGGCGCCAUCGUCAACGUUCCCCAGCCCCAAGCUCCUUACAACGCCGCCAAGGCUGGCGUCCGGCACCUUGCAGCUUCUCUCGCUGUCGAAUGGGCUCACGCCGGCAUCCGAGUCAACUGCAUCUCUCCUGGCUACAUGCUGACUGCAUUGACCCAGAAGAUUCUCGACGACAACCCUGACCUCAAGGCGAAGUGGACUUCUCUCAUUCCCCAGGGCAAGAUGGGCCAGCCUCAAGACCUCAUGGGCCCCGUCACAUUCCUCCUCUCCGACGCUUCUUCAUAUGUCACUGGCGCCGAUCUGCGGGUUGACGGUGGUUACACUGUCACCUAA